AUGGAACAAUAUAGUGGAUUUAAAAAGAAAUACCCAAAUGAAAUACUUUUCUUUAGAUUAGGCGAUUUUUAUGAAAUGUUUGAUGAAGAUGCAAAAAUUGCUUCAAAUUUAUUAGGUAUAACAUUAACAUCAAGAAAACAAGGUAAAAAUAGAAAUAGAGAGAUACCAAUGUGUGGAGUACCAUCACAUUCAGCAGAGAUUCAUAUUGCUAAAUUAGUUAAACUUGGUAAAUCAGUAGCAAUUUGUGAUCAAGUUGAGGAUUCUAAUGAAGCAAAAGAAGGUAGAAGAAUUAUAAAUAGACAAAUCGUUAGAAUCAUUACACCUGGUACUUUAUAUGAAGAUAGAUAUUUAACAUCCAAUAGUAAUUAUCUAUGUUCAAUCUUACCUAAUGGAUUUGAACUUAAUGAUUAUUUAAUGGUUGCUGAUGAUAGUAGUAAUAAUAAUAAUAGUAAUAGUAAUAGUAAUAAUAAUAAUAAUAUUAGUAAUAAUAUUAGUAAUACAAAAUUUUCAGCAAGUUCACAAUUUUCAAUAUCAUGGUUAGAUAUUAGUACAGGUGAUUUCUUUAUAUCUUCAUCAACAUUAGAAAAUCUAUCAUCAGAAUUAAAUAGAAUUCAACCAAAAGAAAUAUUAAUACCAGCAUCAUUAAAUUAUAAUCAACAAAUUUCAAAAAUAUUAAAACCAUAUAAUGUUUCAAUGGAAAAUGAUUUAAAAAGUUUUAAUUAUAAAAAGAAAACUUUUAAAAUUUUUAAUGAAGCAUUUAAUAAUAAUAAUAAUAAUGAAAUUAAUAAUGAAUAUUUUGAAAAUGAAUUUUCAAAUGAUGAAUUAAAUAGUGCAGGUUCAAUUUUAAGUUAUAUAAUUAAAACAAAUAUUGGUAUUGGCAAUAAUAAUGAUAAUAGUAGUAAUCCAUUAUUUUCAUUAAAUUUACCAAAAAGAAUUGAUUCACAUAAUUCAAUGUUUAUUGAUUAUUCAACAAUGCAAUCAUUAGAAAUUACAAAAACAUAUCAAGGUGAUAAGAAAGGUAGUUUAUUAGAAAGUAUUGAUAAAACUAUAACACCACAAGGUGGUAGAUUAUUAUUCUCAAGAAUUCAAUCACCAAGUUUAGAAUUGAAAGAAAUCAAUUCAAGAUUGAAUCAAUUGGAAUUCUUUUAUAAUAAUAUGGAGUUGACAAAUGAAGUUAGAAGUUUUUUAAAUGCUGGUUCAGAUAUUGAAAGAUGUAUUCAACGUUUAAAAAUUAAUAAAUCAGGACCAAGAGAUUUACAUACCAUUGGCAGUACAUUACAAUCGAUUUUCCAUUUAAAAGAAUCAUUACAAUCAAAACUUUUAACUAUGAAAAUCAAUGAGCAAACUGAAUCGAUUAAUCAAUUAUUAUUGAAAAUUCAACAAACCCAUUUAACACCAUUAUUGAACCACCUUUCGGCUGCAUUGAUUGAUUCACCACCUUCGAUUAGUGUAAAUGAUGGUGGUUUCAUUAAGGAAGGUUAUUCGAAAGAAUUGGAUAGAUAUAAAUUAAUCUCAAGAAAUAGUGAUGCUUUAAUCAAUGAAUUUAGAGAAACCUAUAGAAACAAAUUAAAGAUACCAAAACUUAAAGUAAAUAAAAAUUCAAUCAUUGGUUAUUACAUUGAAAUCUCAUCAUCUGAUCGUGAUAAAAUACCUUUGAAUUUCAUUCAUAUUCAAACUCUACUCUCUGUAAUGAGAUUUAAAUCAAGUGAUUUAAUCAUAUUAGAAGAUGAAAUUAAUAGAGCGGCUUCAAAGGUUUUAGAAUAUGAAAUUCAACUUUAUUAUGUAUUGGUUGAUUUAGUUUGUAAAUAUAGUAAUGAAAUUAAACAAGUUAGUUCAGUAAUUGCAAAUUUAGAUAUUUCAACAAGUUUAGCUAAAAUUUCAAAACAAAGAAGAUAUAUUAAACCAAUUUUAGUUAAUAAUAAUAAUAACAAUAAUAAUAAUAUUGUUGUUGAUAAUGAUAAUAAUGAUAAUGAUCGAUUAAUUUUAGAUAUUAAAGAUGGUAGACAUCCAACAGUUGAAAAUUCAACAACUGAAUUUAUUGGUAAUGAUUUACAAUUGAAUAAAGGUAUUGAUGAUGCAAAUCUUUGGUUAAUUACAGGUCCUAAUAUGGGUGGAAAGAGUACAUUUUUACGUCAAAAUGCUUUAAUCAUUUUAAUGGCUCAAAUGGGUUCAUUCGUACCUGCUUCUUAUGCUAAAAUCGGUAUUGUUGAUGCUAUAUUUAGUAGAGUGGGUUCUUCAGAUGAUCUUUCAAAUGAUAAAUCAACAUUUAUGGUUGAGAUGGUUGAAACAGCUUCAAUUCUAAAGAAGGCUACUAAUAGAUCUUUCGUAAUUAUGGAUGAAGUAGGUCGUGGUACAAGUACUUUGGAUGGUAUUUCAAUUGCUCAAUCUGUAGUGGAAUAUCUUAAUCAAGUUAACAGAUGUAGAACUCUCUUUGCAACUCAUUAUCAUGAACUAACUAAAAAUUUAGAUGAAACACCUCAUAUAAAAUGUUAUUGUUUAGCAAUUCAAGAGGAUGAAGAUGAAAUCUUGUUCACUCAUAAAAUCGUACCUGGAAUGUCAAAUAAAUCUUAUGGUAUUUUUUGUGCAAAAAUGGCGGGUAUACCAAAUUCGGUCUUAGAAAGAUCAAAAUCAAUUUUAUUUGAAUUAGAAUCUAAUAAUAAAUUAAAUUUUAAUAAAAAUAAAAUUAAAAAAAAUUAA